GAUCAUUUUGCUAGAAUCUUCAUUUCAUAAAUAAGGCAGAAUGCGGAUGUUCGGAUCGACGGUCGUUAUCCUCGUCCUGGCGAUGGUCCUUGUAGCUGAAUGCGCUACAAGAAGCAAGGACAAGGACAGGAAGCAGAAAGAGCGCAGCAAAAGCGUGUCCAUUGGAAAGAGCCUGUGCAACAACGAGGAGCCAGAUGAGCCGAUUCAUUGCUUCUGCGAUGGCCACGACAUUCCUGGAAACGUCACCUCAGCCGAAUGCUGGAUUUUCAGUAAUAAACUAACUAAGGACUAUUUGGGCUGGAAUUAUUUCAAUAGUCAACCUCAUAUCGAGAAGAUGAAGAUAUUGGUCCGUCCCAAUGGUAAUUUGAGUUUCGUGCCGACGCGCGCUCUGCGACACCUGAACGAACUCAGGAACUUCCAAAUCACUUAUGCAAGCAUUGACGAAAUACAUCCUUACGCUUUUGCUAAUCUCUCUCAACUUGGUAAACUCGAGUUGACCAGGAACAAAAUAGUCACUUUGAACCAUCAUGCCUUUGCUCAUCUCCACAAUCUCAGCGACAUCAAUUUGGAUGAGAACAGGAUCUCAGAACUGCAGCGAGACGUUUUCGUCGAUCUACCCAUUUUGCAAACGCUCUUUGUAACGAAAAACAACUUGAGUGUCAUUCAGGAAGGAGCGUUUAAGCACUUAGCUAAACUCUUGGAACUCGAACUCGCCAACAACUACAUUAGCGUCCUCACCAAGGACACAUUCACUGGACUAGGAGAACUCAAGAGGUUGGACUUAAGCUACAACAAGAUCAGCAUGUUAGGAGAUCUGACUUUCGCCGAAUUAUGGGUCCUAGAGGAACUUCAACUCGAAUCAAACCAGAUUGAGCUGAUCGCCGAUCGGGCUUUUGCCGGAUUAACCCACCUCAAGAAACUCGCCUUAAGCAACAACCAACUGACCAUCCUAUCACCAACUCUUCUCGGAGGUGUACCCGGUAUCAACUAUUUGGAUCUUCGUUCCAACAACCUGCAGACCUUGACCCUGGACAACGUCAGACCGAUCAUCCUUAACCUGCACAACGACACCAGCCAGUUCUACUUGGAACAUAACAAAUUCAUUUGCGAUUGUCGUUUGGCCUGGAUGCAUAAUUUACGCAACGAGACCAGAAAUGAAAGAAUUCGCAAGGUAUUGGAUGAGUUGAUUUGCUACUUGGGCGCUGCAGGAGUUGAAGAUGAUCAGGACGAUAAAAGCACCUUUGCGGAGGAUGAGGAUUUAGACGCAGCAGCCUACGAGGACUACAACUACGACCAUCAGCAGGACAGCAGCUCCAACAACCUGGUAAUGGAACGUCAGGAUCCACGGAUGAAACACCUAUUCCAGAUUCCACUCGCGGACCUCCCGUGCCCUCAGAAGGAGGCGCCCACCGAGGAGACCCUCCUCAGGAACCUCAUGAACACCCCGUCAUAUGCAGAGAUCAACUCCGCCGCUCCAAGCAUACGAGCUGUCUGCGGCUUAACAAUGAUCGCUCUCCUACUGCGCUUAACAUAAAUUAACAAGCAAACACCGCCACCACCCAACUCACCCUACCAACGAUAGGAUCCAUUUGAUUUCAGCAUAUCCACAGCAACAAGAAAAAAGGAAAAGGAAACACAUGCAACAAAAGAAGAACACAAAACCCGAACCUUAAAAAAAUAUAUAAAAAAAAACUCUAUCUUAUACUAAUUAUUAAUAAUAACACUAUUUAUUAUAAAUAUAUUAAAUACAGACUAUAUGGAGACGAUGAAGAAGUUGAGAAGGAAAAAAAUAUAAUCAUAAUGUAAACGAGUAAUUCCCGCCCCAUUUUUUCAAUGUAAAUACAUGUAUUUCAAUUUUUUUAGUGUAUUUUGAAUGGCUGUUAUAAUUAAUAUAUUUAAAUAUUCGAAGAUUUUUUCAAUUGUAGUUCACUCACCUACUCACUUUAAGCCACACUUUAAAAUGUAAGUGAAGAUUAAUUAAAAGAAACACUCAACCUGCCCCCCUAUUUCUAAUUGUAAAUCGUACGUUUUUAAGUAUACUAAACGUGAUUACGUCCCCCCUUUUAUAUAACGCAAUUCCCCCGGCAAUUGUUGCCCGCCCCCCUUCUAUUAAGUAUUUUAGAAGUUAAUAUUCGCAUUGAUUAAGACGCGCUAAAUUUUGCAGAAAUGCGAAAAACCCAAAAAAAAAGUACCGAAAAAUUCGAAAAAAAUGAAUGAACGUUAACAGGAGGAAUUAACGUAGUUUCUAAGGAUUUGUAAAAUAUAUAUUUCGAAGGAUUUAGCGUGUAAGUGUAUUUUUUAAACGAAAGCAAAUGAUAUUUGAUCAUAUUAAAUAUAUGUAUAACACAAUAUUGUAAUUUGUAUAUGUGAUGGAUUAACCCAAAGACGAUGAAGAUGAAAAAAAUAAUUGGUGGUUGAAGACGAUGUUGUAUAAAACGCUUCGAUCGGUCGGAAUUGAAGUAAUUAUAUAUAUAUAUUUAAAUAUAUUUAAAAACAAAAAAAAUAAAC